AGAGCCCAAACGUGUGCAAGGAAAUGGGGGUGCAGGCAGUCUAAGGCCAGAACCCAUCUAGCCCCAGCCGCGUGCAGCACACGACCCCUCCCCCCCCCCCAUUAUUCUGGACAUACCAGCCUCGCAAUAGAUAAGCUACAAUGCCAUGACUGUUCUCUCUGGGUCAAUAGUCCACAGAUCUCUGGUCGGAGCGUUUGGAAAGUGCUCUGUCUCUUACUUCCGGUGGCGAAGAGGCGCAGUUGCUAUGGUAAUCUAAAAAAGGCUGUCUGUCCGGUUGUGCUGAGAGGUUCGCGGAACUACUAAAGAAAACUGGCUUCUCUUCUUGGUUUGUGAGCUGAAAUUAGAAUGGCCAGCAGUCCUGGAAGUGAUGCAGCUGUGGGUACUCAGAAGUCAGUGCUUUCAGGGAGUCCUCGAACAAAGACAAUCCCACUUACCGAACAGGAGGUAUUUUAUAUGAGUUGUAGAGCCGCCUACUUAACUAUCUUCAAAAGCAGCUUGGAAAACAUUAUUUCUAAAGAUCAACUUUACCUAGCUCUUCAGCAUGCAGGAAGAAAUCCAUCCCAAAAGACCAUUGAUAAGUAUUGGACUCCUCAAACUGCCAAACUAAAUUUUGAUGAUUUUUGUAUAAUUUUAAGCAAGGAAAAACCUACUUCAAAAGCAGCAUUGCUAAAAUCAUUUAAACAGUUAGAUGUAAAUGAUGAUGGCGCUAUUCUACACUCUGAUCUUCAUAAAUAUCUAACAAAGAGAGGUGAGAAGAUGACUCAGGAAGAAGUAAAUGCUGUAAUAAAUUUGGCUGGUGUAAAUGCUAAUGGAAAGUUUGACUACAUUAAGUUUUGUAAAUUAUACAUGACAACCAGUGAGCAAUGUCUCAAGACUACACUAGAAAGACUGGAGGCCGACAGUAAACUGAGGCGUCAACAGUUUGGAAGCCACAUCGAAGGGUCCCCUGAAAGGGUUCCGUCACCAGCACCAAAACCAUCACCUAGGAUCAUCAGAAAAAAUGACCAAGAAACAUUCUCAAGUAAAGGUGACACAAGCCAUGCCUUACUGUCAACAACUAGAAAGUUCAAAACAUCUGUUUCUUUCACAAUGACCAUGAGCGCCAACAGUAACCGAGACUCAACGUUAACUGAGCCAAACUUAAAGGAUUGGCAGUGUGCACAGUCAAAAGGCUGCUUCUUUUUAGAAGAAGAUGGUGAAGUCGUUAGUCAUCAGUACAAAAUGCACAUAACUCAGAGAUCUGUGCUUUACCUAACAAUUAAGCCAUUAUAUCUGAGUCAAGUUGAAGGAAAACACUCCCCCUGGUUAUCGGUUGACACAGCCUUAUAUAUUCUUAAGAAAAAUGAGAAUUCAGCGGAGCCACAGCUCAUGUGUUUUACUGAACUACGAAACAGAGAAGUGUUUGGAUGGACUGGUGAACUAGAACCAGGAAUUUAUUGGUUAAUUCCUUCCACAACUGGCUGUAGACUAAAAAAAGAAACAAAACCAGUAACAGAAGAAGCCCAACUUGUACAUAGAGAUGAAACAGGGGAAUUAUCUCUUACAAGUGAGUUUAGGUCAACUCUAUUGGAGAUAUUUGAAGUAAUUGAUUUAGAUGGCAAUGGUCUGAUUAGCCUUGAAGAGUACAAUUUUUUUGAAUUGAGAACAAGUGGUGAGAAGUGUGAUGAGGACGCCUGGGCUGUCUGCAGAGAAAACUUUGACACAAAGAAGAAUGAAUUAACAAGACAGGGCUUUAUGGACUUGCAUCUGAUGGAAGCAAAUGACCGAGAAGGAGACCCUCUUGAUCUGUGGGUGACUCUGCACUCCAUGGGCUACAAUAAGGCUCUGGAGCUGACAGAGGCAUGCCCGUUUGUCAUCAAUAUCUAUGCAGAAAAAUGCAAGCCAAGAAUCAAAGCUGUCCAUAUGGAGGCAUGCAGUGGGCAACUUGAAAAGGCCAUUUGCAAAUCUGUCCUUGAAAGAAGCGAUGCUAAAGUCAUGGAUGGCUAUGAAAAUAUAAUCGUACAUACUUGCAAUUAUGACACAUGGAUAACAUCAAUUAUUGAAAAUAAGUCAGAUGAUAAAGUGAUUAUUCAUGUCAAUAAUGAACUGAGUAAAAACUGUGUCAACAACAGAGGACUCAACAUCUUUGCAGUAGAAGUGGCACCAAGAUCUACAAUGGUUUGUCAACAUGUAAUGCCCCUGAAUGAACAACAAGAAUGGAUAUAUUGUUGUGUGUAUUCUCUUGUAUCUUAAAUAAUUCCAUUUGGAGCUAUCAAACUAUGAAGUAUUUUAGAUCAAAUAUUUUAUUUAUUAACUACAUGCUUUUCCAUGUAACUGGUAUAAUUAAUAAUCUGUUUCAUUUCUAUGCAUUUAUAUUUUAUGUCCAUGUUAUAUAUUUUAUUAUUAAAAUACAAAUAGUGUUUUAAAA